GGAAUAAGAAGCUUCAGACAAACAGACUCUGCUGAACCAAAACAAUGUUUGCAGAUUUGGACUAUGAUAUUGAGGAAGAUAAGCUCGGCAUCCCCACUGUACCUGGGACAGUGACCCUGAAGAAGGAUUCUCAGAACCUGAUUGGGAUUAGCAUUGGAGGAGGAGCACAGUACUGCCCCUGUCUCUACAUUGUCCAGGUGUUUGACAACACUCCAGCAGCCUUAGACGGCACCGUAGCAGCUGGGGAUGAAAUCACAGGAGUCAAUGGGAAAUCUGUCAAGGGGAAGACCAAAGUGGAGGUGGCCAAGAUGAUACAGAUGGUAAAGGGAGAAGUGACAAUACACUACAACAAGCUUCAGGCUGACCCAAAGCAGGGCAAGUCUUUGGAUAUUGUAUUGAAGAAGGUGAAGCACCGACUGGUAGAGAACAUGAGCUCAGGGACAGCAGAUGCCCUGGGGUUAAGCCGAGCCAUACUUUGCAAUGAUGGACUAGUGAAGAGAUUAGAGGAGCUGGAGAGGACUGCAGAGUUAUACAAAGGCUUGACAGAGCACACCAAGAGUCUUCUCAGGGCUUUCUUUGAGCUGUCUCAGACACACAGAGCAUUUGGAGAUGUUUUCUCUGUCAUUGGUGUACGGGAACCACAACCAGCUGCCAGUGAGGCCUUUGUGAAAUUUGCUGAUGCCCAUCGCAACAUUGAGAAGUUUGGGAUUCACCUUCUGAAGACAAUUAAGCCGAUGCUCACUGACUUGAAUACCUAUCUGAAUAAAGCCAUUCCUGACACAAGGCUGACUAUCAAAAAAUACCUGGAUGUCAAGUUUGAAUAUUUGUCUUACUGCCUGAAAGUCAAAGAGAUGGAUGAUGAAGAAUACAGCUGCAUUGCUCUGGGUGAGCCUCUCUACCGGGUCAGCACUGGGAACUACGAGUACCGCCUCAUCCUGCGCUGCCGUCAGGAGGCUCGCACGCGCUUUGCCAAGAUGAGGAAGGAUGUGCUAGAGAAAAUAGAGCUCCUGGACCAGAAACAUGUGCAGGACAUCGUGUUCCAACUCCAGCGUUUUGUCUCCACGAUGUCCAAGUACUACGAUGACUGCUAUGCCGUGCUCCGGGAUGCAGAUGUCUUUCCCAUCGAGGUGGACCUUGCCCGCACCACUCUCAGCUAUGGGCAGAAGGACACGUACACAGAUGGGGCAGAAGAAGAAGGAGAAAGUGAGAGAGAAGGUAGUGGGAGGGAGGAUGCAAAUGGAGAGAAGCUCAUUGAUGAUGCCUGAGUGUGUCAGCAUGGGCAGAGGGAGAACUUCGCAGACUUAUGAAAACACGUAUUUCAGGUGGCCAUUCAUCCUCCAUGAUUUCUCUGUGUGUCCAGCCUGGGAUUCCUCCUCUGCUUUGGGUGGGGUAGCUGGUUGGAUUGGGACCAACCUCUGCUUUCCUCUCUUUUCCUUUGCUUGUUUGCCUGGAUAUUCUUUUUGCCCCUGGAGACUACUGCAACCCAACCUGGUACUGUGGUGUGGAGAGGAAAAGCCACUCCCACACUGCCACAUGCCACUGUGCAGGGAGCACGUGGGCAGCACUGCUCCCCUCUGGCACAUGGAAGUGGUUAAGGGUUUGGAGGUGAUUACAAAUGGUGAGAACUGCCCCCUUCCGUCCUCACCUUGUGCUGUGGGGAAGUGUUAGCAUCGCUGCCUGCUGUCUUCAAGCUCCUUCUGAGGAUCCACCUUAGGACUGUGAUGGAAAUGCCCCAUCUUUAAACUAGAAAGGAGACACAAAGCUUUGAGGAGAGAGGAAGUUGUGCUCUUUAGGCAGAAGCUUUGAGAUUUUUUUAGUGUAAAGAAUGACUAGUGUGCUUUCCUCUCUGCAACACAACAGCUAUUUUGUGCUGCUUCUGGGCCAGCCAGCAGCAGUAGUAACUAUCUUCCCAUUCCCUAGCACAAGGGAGGGGGCAAGAGGAAAGCUGAGGUAAGUGAGACUGCAUCUUUCCUCCUUCCUUUUCCUCUCCCUCCAUCCCUGUGGGCCAAUCCCAGAUGCAGAUGGCACUUUCUCUGUUAGUGGGCAGCACAACUGGCAGGAGUGGUGUGCUUCCUGGGGCAGGGGUUUCGACUUCUCUGUCAUUACGUUCUAGUGGUUGUGGGCGAAGUUAUUUAUGGGUAUUAAUUUAUGAUCAAGAUACUUUUUUAUUUGUGUUUCUCUGAUUGUUUUUGGAGCUCCUUCAUCUUUGUGGGUGACUGGAAAAAUGCCAUCCAUGGUCAAGUUCCUCUGGAGAAUUGAAACAGACUGAUGUAGUGACUAUUGUCUGUAAUAAAGAAGUAUGUGACAUUUCA